GAAAACAUGGCAAGAAAACCACCAAUAAAGAAAAACAAGAAGAAAGCAAAACCUGAAAUGGCUAAGGCGCAAAAAUCCGAUGAUGUCCCUGCACUUGGUCUCCUUCGAAAAUUGACUCACUCAGCUAAAAGCAGAAUGAAUUUUGAAGAGCAAGAAACAUCGGGUGGAAAUCACGAGGAAAGUCGGCGAUUUAGCGCACAGACACAUCCUUCGAGUAUUUCUUGUGAUAAUGGAGACUUGCCAGAAUGGUUUGAGGACCUUACCGAAGAUAAUGUGUCAGCUUUCAAAGAUCUGUUCGAUAUGUUGGAUGCCGCCAACACUGGUACAUUGAAUGCAGACAGUUUGUACGAGGGUCUGAAGCGAGUGGAUAGCGACAUCACACGAGAAGAAGUGGAAACAGUCCUAAAGAAGCUGGACAAAGAUGGCAACGGAGAAAUUGAUUUCGAUGAAUUCCUGUUCCACAUGACCCAAGGAGAACUUCUAGAGGGACUUGGAGGAGAUGAUGCAGACAAGAGGAAGAAAGGAAUAUUUUCCCGUCGUCAGAGGUUGUUCUACACGGCCAUCACUCAGUUCUCUCUAAAGCGGAGUCUUGGUGAAGACUUCCGGUAUAUCACCAAACGACAACCGCAUGUCCUAAGCCACUACACUGCAGGUUUACGUCUGGUUGGCCUUACUGAUCGUCAACUUGCACUUCAAAUGAAAGAAAUGCAGGAAAACGCGCGAAACACGGAUUCGCCGUACGCAAAACCUCUGCAGUUUGUUUCUCCGACAACAGGAAGGAAAAUGAAAACCAUGCAUCGACCAGGACAGUUUGGCAAUAAAGAUUUCACAAGUAAAUACAAGCUUAAAACAGACCUGGUCAACGUCACGCCGCCUAAAAGAUCGACACAAGAUCAACCCGAAGUCAGAGAAGAACUGAAAAAUGAUUCAUCGGCACCGGAAUUCUCCAACAGGAGGUUUCCAGGAGGGCUUGGCAGGGAGAGUAUAGUGACCAAACUUCCUGGUGGUGAUCUCAUCAAUAAGAUAAGAAGACAGAUCAUGAACAAAAAGUUCAAAAUGUCCUUUGGUAUAAAAACCACUCCCUUUGAAAACAUUAAAGAAGAAAAACCCAAAGAUGCAGAACCGAAAUGGAAGAAACAUUGCGGAUGGACAAUACCAAAGAUAGAACAAGUCUUUGUGCCACUUCCGGUUUUAAAAAUCAAGUAUCCCAGACAGCAUCGUCCCACCAUUGACGAUCUGCCUAACAUCAGAGAGCAGGCCAGAAAAGCAAUGGAUGAAUUCUACCACAAUAUGCAAAAAGCAUGUGUCGUGCAUUCUCUUGAACACUGGGAAAAACUUUACGCGGAUACCAUUCGCCCGAAAAAGUUGCUAGAAAAUUUCCGUAUUGUGUACCGUGCUUAUUCCCCGCACAAAGAAGAGGAGGCCUUUGUCGUAUGCCCUUGGAUGCCAGGUCCCCGUCUCUAUACCAGACGCAGAAUCAACCCCCUGAAUCACCAGACGACUUGGUCUCAAAAGGCACGAUGUUGUUCGAACCUCUUUAUUAAUCCUCCCAAAACAGACAGCGACAUGCGAUGUGCCUCCAGUUUGAACUAGGAUGCUUGAAGUUUUUGGCGUUUUAUCUAAAUACGUACAUGCUCAAAAAAUAGUUGUAAAUUGUUCUUCGUUUAAUUGAUUUGUAUUUGUUGAUAGUGGUGAUCACGGAAAGAAAUAAAGAAUUAUGCAU